AUGUAUCUGCAGAGAGAAGAAGGGCCUCCCCGGGGCUUUGGUGCAACAAAAGAACUGAGAGAAGAACUUUUAUCUGAAGAAUCUCCUUUUUUCUCACUCUUCAAAGUGUCUGCAAGCCUAAUCUCUGAUGACCUUGUGACAACAACCUGGCUCUUAGCUGAACUAAGGAAAAAGUCCUACAACAUCGUCAUGACCAUCACCAUUAUCAUCAUUGCUAUUAUCACCUUCAUCACCAUCACCAUCAUAUCACCUGCGGCUUCCCCACUGGAACCUGGAGCCUCUCAAGGCCUCCAGAAGGAUUUGCUGAGCAGUUUCAAGAUAAAGCUCAGUCAGCCGUCGCUUGGUCUUCAGUCCCGAAGGAGGCCACAAGCUGCCUUCGUGCUCAGCACAGGUUUGGUUUGCGAACGGCUAUCCCCUUCCCCCAAGGUGGAGCUGACAGCCACUGCCUGUGCCUUGUCGUCUGCCCGGCAGGCCAGCACUCCAUGGCUGGGAGCAGCCUGCAGUGCCCCAUGGGCUUUUACAGUUCCUGCUGCUGUGGCCUCCACCCUUGGACCAGAUGAAGGAGUUCAUCCCUCUGCCCAUGACCCCACUGCUCCGACCCCUCCACCUGGGCCCCCACGCUGCUGGAAUGGAGUGAUGGCUUUGUGGCUGGGCCCCAACAGCACCUGCAGUCGGCUCCCAGAACUCACAGACAGCGAGGACUGCCAGCAGUGCCCACCUGAACAGGAGCCAGGCCCACAGUGCUCCAGCUGCAUUUUUUGCUCUCUGCACUACUUCACAGGCAGAAGCCCCAGCUGCCAGCCCUGCCCCUCAGGAAGUGGCACAAAUGAAAUGAGAUGAUGCAGAAGAAAGAAGUAUGCAGAGUGUUGGGGAACGGGGCAUUGGAGGAUGGCUGGAGUCCUGUUCUGCUCCUGGCUAGGGUGUAGUCUUGGCAGACUGUUGCAGUUCUCAGCGUACAGGUCCUGUUAAAUUUAUCCCCAAGUAGUUCAUGUUUCUGGAUGAUGUUGUAAGUGGAAUUGUAUUUUUUAUUUCCAUUUCCAGUUGUUCAUUACUGGUAGUGAUUUGUGUGUAUUGACCUUGUAUCCCUCAACCUUGCUUACUUCAUUUAUUUGUUAUGGUAGUUUUUGUGUAGAUUUUUUAGGGUCUUCUCUGCCGGUAAUCAUGUUAUCUGUGAAUCUGUGAAUAAAGAUGGUUUAAAUUC